GUCCAGAAGUUAGUGAAGAUCGCCUCCUCGUCAUAACUACAAUCGCUGUUGAUAACGCCGGACGUUCGAGUGAUUUGCUCCGCGGCAUUCUAUCGUGCAUCAGUCGUGCGUGACUCAAUUGUAUCUGAGAAUAUCUUCGUAAUUCGUGCUUCGAAGUGAGUGAAACUGCGAACCUUACUAAGUGAUCGUGUUUUAGCAAUCAUAAGUGCAUAGUUGAUUAGUGGCAUAGCUGUUCAACAGAGAACUGGUUCAUAAGCGUGUCACUUUUACAGAUUUAGGACGCCAUCUUGAAUCAUGAACCUUACAGAUAACGUGUGAUACUAAUCUAGACAGUUUAAAUCGAAUAAAUCGUGAAAAUCUUCAAAUUUUGCUUUAAAAUAAGAACAUUUAAAUCCAAUCAUGCGAACAGAUUGGCUUAUUCCAGUGCUUUCAAUCGCGCACUUUGCAAUAUUUAGCGCUGCUAGCAGUAACACAACUGAUAAUGAUGAACUAUGGACGCUUCUGCUCAAUGGAAAGCUCAACCAGAUCAUAACAGAACAGUCACCGGAGGUCACGCCGACGGAGGCAGCAGUUACUCAUUCAGAAGUGGCCAUUAACGGCAAUAUCAAUUACGUCGAGAGUGAUAAGGAUGCAGAUGACAGCGAACAGCUGUUCCACGCGGGUGACUUGAGCGAAGCGCUAGACGUGGGGAUGAUCACGGAGGCUGACGCAGAUAACGUUACGAUGCCCGAGUUGUUUAGUAGUGAUUGGGAAAGCUCCAUUGAGACAAUUCGGAAAACCGACGACAACGCUACCAUAGACGGUAGCGGUGAAUUGUUUGAUGAUAGCGAAGGAAUGCAGGCUGACGGCACAAAGAUAGAUGAUGAAUUAAUUGAUGUUUUGCUGAGGAAGCCGGCGUCACGUGAGAUCUUAGGGUUGCUUGGUCUGCUAAAAGAGAGAAACGAGACGGAGGAAAUGAAAUCGAAGGUUAUGCAAGUACUACGGCCAAUGUCUGAACGCUUAUCUAUCGGAUUGCCUAGUAUUUUGGAGGAGACGACAACAACGGCUGCUACACCAGCUGAAGAAGUUGUAGUCGUAGACCCACUUGAAGCGGAAUCACUGGUGUCAGAUGGGGUACAGAGUCCAACUAUAAGCAAUAUUCUUAUUCCGAACCUAGAGAAGUCUGUUCCCACCAUUCGUCGGGGUUACGAGGCGCCUACUGUAGGUCAGCGUAGUUUGGUUAUAGUUUUCGAUGCAACCGGUUCCAUGUUGGAUGAUCUGAAGCAACUAAGAGAAGGUGCAAAACUGAUUAUCGACGAAAUCACUCAGCUGAAGAACAAUCCAAUCUACAACUACGUAUUUGUUCCAUUUCGCGACCCACAAGUAGGUCCCCGCUUGGUAACUCGUAACAAAAACGAGCUCCUGCAGUCCCUAGAAAAUUUACAAAUCUAUGGUGGUGGUGAUUGCCCAGAAGCUGCGCUUGGUGCCAUAUAUGAUGCCAUUGAAGCUGCACUACCGCAUUCUUUCGUUUACGUAUUUACUGAUGCCACGGCCAAAGACUUCAAGCUUGAUCAACGAGUCCUCCGAUUGGUUCAGCAGAAACAGACACCAAUCACAUUUCUGUUGACUGGGUUUUGCGAUGGUAAAGAUACCCCAGGCCACAAAGUUAUGAAUGACAUUGCAGCCGCUAGCAAUGGCCAAGUGUAUGAUCUAAAGAAAGAUCAGAUCGAGCAUGUGUUGCUUGGCAUUAAAGAAAUGAUGAGCAUCGAUCAUGUUCCCCUCAAAUCAGUGGACUCUAAUACAUCCGAGACUCACGAUAUUGAUCUAAGUGUCGAUAGCACCUUGAAAGAGUUUAGUGUGAGUGUAGCCGGUCACCGUCCAAAAAUCGAAAUCAUCGAUCCUCGUCACACUCCCUACAAUAAUACCAGAUCUGUGCUAGACCUCGAGAACAUCAAGGUUGUGAAUGUAGCCGAACCAUUACCCGGAAAAUGGAACAUUAAAGCUGGAUCUACUUCGUCUCAUUCCGUCCGUCUAUCUGGAAACAGUGAGCUAAAAUUCAAUUUCGGCUUCUCCGGAACAAAACCAAUCUCCAUGGACAAACUCUCCCGUCAACCAAUUCUCAAUUCCGAAACAAUUCUCACCAUUCAACCAUCGCAGCCGGAUUUAGUGCACAGCCUUUCACAUGUUACCAUUGCUUCGCACGAUCCUGACAAAUCCGACGGUGCGUCUUUCAAGUUCAAACUGCCCCUAAACAAAACAGCCCUCAACGAUACAACACCGAUUUUUAUGACCCCGAAAUUCCAAGCGCCCAGGCAACGCUUCAAGGUGUCCGUAUCUGGGAACGAUGUCAACGGAAAUCCUCUGGAUAGGCUGAUCUCCACCGCGAUUCAAUCCAGUGGUUUAAGUGCUCCAGAUCUCUCCUUGGACCUCACCGACAUCGAUCUUCUGGAAGGUGAUGACUUCGCAAUUAACUGUCGUGCUGAAUCUUUGGUACCCAUGUUGAUGCAAUGGAAGAAGUUCAACCGAGUACUGGUGGAACAACCUUUCGACGACACCAACACCCUUCUAUUGCGGUUCACGAACGUGACGACGAAGCAUUCGGGUCGGUAUGCUUGCCGAGCGAUGAACAGCGUUGGCGAGCAGGAAAUAUUGGCCACCGUUAGGGUACAUGUCCGGCCGGAACCCGAACUCGGUGUCUAUCCUAAAGAUAUUGUAGCUUACGAAUCCGAAAGGCUGAUUGCUCUCCGCUGCAUUACGAAGCACGUUGAUCCCAAGGCGCAGAUCGUUUGGAGCCAUAAUGGUAAACAGAUAAAUCAUACUCUAGGACAGGAGUACCUGGAACUUCAUAACAUAUCGACUGCUGACGAUGGGACUUACGAAUGCCGGGUUGAGAGCGACGGCAGAAUUCUACGAGACUCGACGCAACUCAGUGUGGAAUACGCUCCGCAGGCCCCAAGAACUCUGAAGGACACCGUUUCUGCAGCGUACGGACAACCUCUUAGCCUUGGGUGUGGACUGAAAGGAAAUCCAAACCCUUCGAUUUCGUGGAGCUAUCAUUCGUUGGAUAAAUCGGAAGAGCAGCGAUUGACGGAAACCGGAACUAGCCUGACGAUAGCGAAAGUAGUUCCCGAGGUCGAAGGAUUCUAUAUUUGCGAAGGUAGAAACCGUCAUGGAACUGCUAAACGAACGAUACUGGUGCAAGGUGAAGCAAAUGAAGCACCAAAGAUCACCAAGCCAACGGAAAAGGUCGUCUACGUCGAGCCCGGAUCGCGUGUGACAUUAAACUGUUCUUGCGAUUUGUGCCAACCAUUGCGUGAAUAUAUCUGGACCAGUGCGAAGUUAACGUUUGAAAGCAAUCCGUAUGAUGUGCAAGGUAAUGCCCGGGUGAACUUGAACAUUGAUCAGACCCGUAAUGCAGUUCAGUACCAGCUGACGAUCGAUAACUUCGGUCCGGCGGAUCAAGGAAGCUACAGUUGUAUUCUUUCGAAUGCGCAUGGCGCAGACAGUUUUGUAAUGCAAGCCAGGUUGAUGAUAGUUCCUCAAGUUGACGGUGUAUUGAUCGAUGACGAACUACAUGGUACUGAAUUUCUGGGGUUGAAGGACUCCGUGGAACAACUGACGUGCGAUACAAGUGGUUUGCCAGAACCAUCGAUUCGGUGGACGUUCAAUAAGCAAUCGUUGAACCAUGACGACCGUUUCAAGUUACUAAACGACAACAAAACAGUUUACUUAGUUGAGCAUUUCAGCGAGAGUUAUUCAGGUCAUUAUGAAUGUACCGCUACGAACCCUAUUGGGACUUCUACUGGAGAGGUCUUUCUACGGUAUGGAAGUAUCCCAGAGUUCGUAACCGUUCCGACGGACAACAUCUUAGCUGAAGCUGGUCAGCCUCUCUGGUUAGACUGCCAAGCAGAUGGUGUCCCUGAGCCGGAAAUCAAGUGGUAUUUCAAUGACCAACUUCUGGAGAAAGUUCAACCCUUUAAUAUGACGCUGCACGAUUCCGGUAUAUACGAAUGUAGAGCGACCAAUAAGUAUGGAUUUACGUCGGCAAGUUCAACGGUUAUCGUUUACGGUAAACCAGAACUCGUGUUUCUCUCAGCUGACGAUGAAGUGAUUUCUGUUUCCAGGGAUGAAAAUAUAACUUUGCCUUGUGCUGCUACAGGAUUUCCCGAGCCCUACAUCAGUUGGACAUUUGACGGAGAACAUUUGGAUGAGUUAAUAAACUUUGAACCGAUCGGUACCGGCCUUCAGAUCUUCAAUAUAUCAUCGAAGAAUCAAGGUUCAUACGUUUGUAAUGCCGAGAACUCCCAAGGCCGCGUCCAGAAAGUGUAUUACGUUGUUGUAAAAGAAUCCCCAAGCAUUACAUCUGACAUUCCGGAUCACAUAGAGAUAUUGCCCGAGCAGGAAGUUCAUCUUAAUUGCACAGGAACAGGAAAUCCUAUUCCGCGGACUUUCUGGACUAAGAACAACGUCAACUUACCAGAGACAACAGCCCUGAAGAUACUUCACAGCAGUAAUGCAUCAGGAACCUAUACUUGCACUCUAGAGAACGAAGAAGGAUCAGAUUCCCGUUCAACAGAAGUAACUGUUCUAAAUCCACCAAUAAAGACAGACAACGCAUCAUCUGUUGAUUCGUCGAUAGAUGGUAAACUGAACAACCCGCUGACCCUGGUCUGCCCAUUCAAUAAUUAUGAAAGUCUCCUGUGGCAAUUGAACCAUCGCAAUCUGGAUACCUACUUCGACCUGUCGGAUGUUCGUUUGUUUCAGAAUAUUCUUCAAAUCGAUAAACUCCGGCAAGAUCACGAGGGAACGUACACUUGCUUCGUGGAGAAUCAAGCCGGGCGAAACAAUCACUCCUUCAUAGUGGGCAUCCUGUCUCCACCAGUUAUCUAUUCACCAGAUGACGAAAUCAGCGAAGAUAUUGAUGACUUGGAUGAUAGCGACGAAGACUCCGGAAUUGACGCUGAAGUUAGUCUUCUCAGUGGGGAACAACUUCGUCUGAUAUGCCACGCAAGUGGAUCACCUCGACCAUCGAUAUCGUGGACCAAGGACGACAACGUCAUCAUCAACGGAAACGAACUGACCAUCGACAACGUAGACACGCAUCAUAACGGCGUGUACACUUGCAUAGCCGAGAACGAUCUGGGAAGUGCGCGGAAGGUCUAUCGUCUGGAUGUAAUGAAUUCGCCCAGACAUUGGGGAGAGGCAAGCAGUCACAUUGAAGUGUUCAAGGAUGAAGACCUACAACUCGAAUGCUCAAUGGAAGCAAAUCCUCCUGCCCAUUUCCGAUGGACGAAAGAUGACAUCAUACUGGACGAAUUCGAAGACGUGUUGGAGUUCAUCGAAAUUCAACCGCAAGAUUCCGGUGUCUAUUCUUGCGAGGCUGAAAACAUUUUUGGGGCGGAUGAAAAGAAGUUCCAUGUCACCGUGUAUCAGCCCUCAGAGAUCACAUUCUUCCCGGAGAAUCUGACGGUGACCUCAGAUAAUACUAUUGAGCUUAACUGUGAAGCUGUUGGAAGCCCUUUACCAAUCGUUAGCAUUGUCCAUAGAGGCGAAGUGUUAGCUACAACCUCUGAUUUGGAUUACGAUACCCUCACCUUUGAGCAUUCCUACAGGGUUAAGCCCAAAUCUUACGCGGUUCAAACGCAGCAAUUCAUUGCUACAAAACUAUCAUCAACCGAAAUACAAUUCACUAUAAUCCAACCCAACGCCGCCAUUAACAAUGCCGGAAAGUAUCAUUGUUUAGCUCAAAACGCCGUUGGUCAUGACGAAAAAGUCUCAAAAGUUGAAGUUCUUGUAUCUCCUUAUGUCCAACUGAGUAAGCUGAAGAUCGGACCCAACCUCUCCCUUUUGGAAGGCUUGCCUUUAUAUCUCCACUGCCCGAUUUCGGGUUAUCCGAAGCCAACAAUCACCUGGUAUCGCAACGCCAAACCAAUAAAAUUCGAUGGACAAAUUUUGUUCAUCGCCUCAACUACCCGCACCGAUCAAGGCAACUACACAUGUCUCAGCGAAAACUCCGUCGGAAAACAAGAACUCUCCUUUUCCGUAAGCAUUCUAGUUCCACCGACCAUGAUCAACAGUGUAGUGCUCGGAGAAGACGAGGUAGCCGAUCAAGCUAGACAAGAAGAGAUCCACAUCCUGAAGGGCGAUAACGUAACUCUGGACUGUGCCAGUUUGGGUAAUCCCAAUCCAGAAAUCUUCUGGACUAAAGUUGUUUACUUGGAUGAGAAACUCAACGAACAGUUGUCCAACAAGGAAGCAGUUCUUGAACUGUAUGACAUCGAUGCCACUUCUACGUAUUCUUGCUACGUGAACAAUACGGCCGGAUCUACCGAAAAGCUGUUUCAUAUUGUUGUGCAAUCUCCUCCGCGAUUCCUCAACAUCGAAUACAAUUCCAAGCCCGUUGUAUCUGUCCAUCAUAGUCUGGAUCUAAAUUGCGAAGUGGUGGGUGCCCCGGAAGCGGAAGUCGUUUGGACUAAAGACGGCGUAUUUGUGGAUAGCCAACUCAAGGGUAUCUUCCUGGCAUCGAACGGGCAAAUUCUGAGAAUCUCAGGCGCGCAGUCAACCGAUGCAGGUGAAUACAAGUGCGUCGGUCGAAACUUGCAUGGACAAAUCAGUCGCGAAUUUUUUGUUACUAUUGACGUUCCCGUCAGUUGGUCACCGUGGGCUGAGUGGAGCACUUGCAGUGCCACCUGUGGCAAAGGCACUCAGUUCAGGUCACGUAUUUGCCUUCUUCCAAGUGGAUCGCCGGCACAUGGGAAACAAUACAACUGUGUUGGUGAGAAUGUUCAAGUUAAAAAUUGCGAAAUGCUGCCCUGCCCCAUCAACGGAGGUUGGGGAGCGUGGAGUAAAUGGAGCAACUGCUCAUUGGAUUGUGUCACCGAGUAUACCGGAAUGAAGUCGAUUCGUUUCCGUAACCGGAAGUGUGACUCCCCUCCCCCAUCACUGGGUGGAAAGCUCUGCGUCGGGGAUGAAUACGAAGAGGAAAUGUGCAGUGCCAAGUUUUGUGCGAUCAACGGUGAAUGGACACCGUGGACAAACUGGACGCCCUGUAGUGAGACCUGCGGUUUCGGCCGAACUCUUCGUUGGCGAAGCUGCGCUAACCCAGCGCCACGCAAUGGAGGUCUGCCUUGUCAAGGACCUGAGAGUGAGCUCAAAAUUUGUAAGGAAAGUGAAUGCAUAGUCGACGGGGGCUGGUCCGAGUGGGGACCUUGGUCCAAAUGCAGCAAAUCUUGCGGAGCUGGCAUUCGCAGUAGAGAAAGGUUUUGCACCAAUCCAGAACCAAAAAAUGGCGGCAAGCAAUGCAAAGGGGAUGUUUUUGAGGUUGAAAAAUGUUCCGUCAAAUCAUGCCGCAAUGAUGCUCUUCUGAAAAACUAUGCAAGCAAAUCUGCGUAUCAACGAAAGUACUCUCCUCUUUUGACUUAUGAAUCAAAGCAUCCUGAAGGAGAGAACGAAGAAUACGACGACGAAAGCAGCAUCGAAGAGCCGCAAAAGUUCAAAGUCAUUCCCAAUUUUGCGUUCGCUGAAACGGCUCCUGUAGAAUACGUUGACGCUCCAGUCGAUUCGGAUUUCGAAAAUGAGCUCAAUGGACACCACAAAAUCACCGUGAGUCUGAAGAAUACCGUGAACUUAACGCAUGACACGACUGUUUAUAGCCUGAAUUUUGGCGGCUUAAGCAACCCCGUGCACAUCAACUGUGCAUCAGGGUUCGAUUACGAUCAAAGCCUACGUCAAUGCAUAGACGUGGAUGAGUGUGAAAUAGGUGACCACAAAUGCACCUCAGUGGGACAAUUCUGUGUCAAUACUUACGGUGGCUAUGAAUGCGAUUGUUCCGCUGGCUAUCGCUUGUACGUGGACGUGUGCGUCGAUAUCAACGAGUGUCGAGAGAGCAAUCACGAUUGCUCGCACUUUUGUGAAAACAGCCAAGGCGGCUACAGCUGCUACUGUCCAGCCGGAUUCGUACUGUCUAGCGAUGAUAGAACCUGCACGAGACGAAGAACUAGAGACAAACCAGAGUUCAGUGUAAUGAACUACCAGAUGAUCUGCCCGGAAGGUUAUCGACUGGAGGGUGGCAGAUGCGUUGAUGUGGACGAAUGUCAGUUGAAAGAAGAUGAAUGCAGUGAUGGGCAAGCUUGUCUGAACACGAAUGGUUCUUACUUGUGUUUGCCGACCGGUUGUCCAGAGGAAUACAAUGAGGAUGAACAACUUGGUCGAUGCUACCAGGACUGUCUCUACGGGUCCAACCCUGAUGUAUGUAACGAUGGAGCGCACAUCCAGCAGACUCUUACGUAUAAGGUCAUUUCACUGAAGAAAUAUUCUUCGAAACAGCCAAUCGCCGUGCUCUCGAUUCCAGCCUACCAGCAUGAUUCGACGGAGGCAUCGUUCAGUUUUCUAGAACGGACGUAUGCGCAUGUUUUCCGAUUGGAGAAGACUCCACAAUCGUCGGGAGCGAUGUACCUGUAUGGAAACAAAAAGUUCAGACGCGGUAUGAUCUACAAGCUAAAAGUGAUUGCUCAUGUGUUUGGGCUGGAAUCGGGUGUCAUGGAUUACGCUCAUAGGUUUAUUGUUUUUGUAUACUGUGUAGAGUGAAAUUGGGAUAUUGCAUUCACUAGUUUUUUUAUAGUAAUAGCAAAUUUAGUACACAGGAAAAAAAGCAUACAAUCGACGUUUCCAAUGAAUGAGUCUAUUCGAAUAAAAGAA